UUCAGAUCGGCAUAUUGAAGGUCACAGGCCACUAUAUUCUUCCUCUUUAUAUACUCUCUUGCAUAGGACCCUCGUUCUGUACAUAGCCAUCCUUCCCAUAUUUUAGAUUAUUAUUGCCAUAUCAUAUUCCGCGAUCAACCCGUACAGUCUCAAGACAAGAAUGUGUAAAUCCGAUCUCCACGACUUCCUGCACGGUCUCCCCAAAUGCGAGCAUCACGUCCAUCUCGAAGGCUGUCUAGCCCCCGACCUAAUCUUCGAACUAGCCCGGAGAAACAAUGUCUCACUCCCCGAUGAACCAGCCUACGAGUCCAUCGAGACUCUCAGCCACCGCUACGGCCAUUUUACAUCUCUCGACGACUUCCUCCGCUUCUACUUCAUCGGCAUGUCAGUGCUGCACCAUGAGUCCGACUUUGCAGACCUCGCCUGGGCCUACUUCCAAAAAGCCCACGCCGACGGCGUCCACCACGCAGAAGUCUUCUUCGACCCGCAAGUCCACCGAGACCGCGGCAUCCCCUACGAGACCAUCGUCUCAGGCUUCGUGGCUGGCUGCCAGCGCGCCGAGAGGGAAUUAGGGCUAACGACCCGUCUCAUCCUAUGCUUCGUGCGCCAUCUCCCCGUCGACAACGCCGCACGGGUGUACCAGGAAGCCCUGGAUCAGCAACACUUCGAAAACGAGGUCGUCCAUGGACUUGGCUGGUCGUCGACGGAAGUCGGGCCCCCCAAGGACAUGUUCCGGGAGCUGUACUCGUCGGCCUCAGCGAAGGGGAUCAGGCUCACGGCUCAUGCCGGUGAGGAGGGUGAUCCGUCGUAUAUCAGGGCUGCGCUGGAGCUGGGCGCGCAGCGUAUCGACCACGGUAUUCGGCUUGUGGAGGACCCUGUGCUUUUGGAACAGGUGGCGAGGGAUCAGGUUAUGUUAACGGUUUGCCCGAUUUCGAAUCUGCAGUUGCGGUGCGUCGAGUCUAUUGCGCAGGUCCCUAUUCGCAAGUUCUUGGAUACGGGUGUUAUGUUCUCUAUCAAUAGUGAUGAUCCGGCGUACUUCGGAGGGUAUAUCCUAGAUAAUUAUUGUGCUGUGCAGGAGGCGUUCCAGCUUACGGUGGAUGAGUGGAGGGUGAUUGCUGAGAAUAGUAUCAAGGGCAGCUGGAUUGGGGAGGAGAGGAAGGCUGAGCUGUUGAAGCGUAUUGACGAUCAUGUGCAGAGACAUGUUACUGGUGUUUGAGCGUGUGGAUUU